CCCCCAUAGGUUUUCAUCGUCUUCUUCGUUGAAACAAUAGAAGAAAACCCUAGGAGCCUGAAGAUGAAGCAGCGCCGCUAACACCCAAGAACACCCCAUCGUUUUGCUUCUUCAACCAAACGGUCACCCUCUUCUCUCAUCUUUGCCACCCUCAACAAUAUAACACACAUACACAACAAGAAAAAGAAGGAAGCUGUGCAACAACAUUACAACAGAAAAACGCAGCCAUCGUUUCAUUUUUCUGCCGUCCAAAGCAGCCAUGAGAGCUACUCUUUUCCUUCCAUGAACACCACCAGAAAACCUCUAUUAACGUCGCCACAUGAAGCCCGAAACCAGCUGAAAAACCAACCGCGAAGUUAGUCGAAAACUAGCUUUCAAACCUCCAAAAGACACAGCUGAAAACUCCAUGGAAACAGUUCAAAACCCAGCGAAAAUCAGUCCAAUACAACACCUGAAAAUGGCCUAUCCAUUAAUAAAAUCAUAGAACAGAGCAAGGUUUUGGGGUCGUCGUUUGUCGCUCUGAUUUGUCGCCGAUUUGAGGUUCCAUUUCCGUCGAGGUCUUGUUCGCGAUCUGGUCGCUUGUGAAUUUCAAAGCAGUCCAAGCGUUAAAGUUUCAUAUUCAACUUCCAAGACAAUGGUUAAACAAUUAGGGAAAGGCUCAAAACAACCCGACAGAGGUGAAUCCUCCCGGGGGAAAGGGCAAGAAGAUGAUUAGAUUCACUCCCCAAGUUAGACAAAGCAUAAAACAGAUGAGGAAGGCAAUAAAAGCAGCUGACAAAGCCAGUGAUCAGUCGGGGAGUGAGUAUGUGCAUCCCAGGACAUUUCUUCGGACUCCGUGCCAGAAUAUGUUGAAGAUUGGCCGGGAAGAUUCAAACUGACAAAUACUACUCCUCCACCAUCACCCACUGCCCAAGCACCAGCACAUGUUUCUACUGAGUCAUCUAAGGGCUCAACAGCCGGUAGUAGUGAUUACUCUACCUCCCCCGCAGCUUUAUUAUCCGGGGAGGGUGCAUACGAAGGUGAGGAGGAAGUAGAGGGAGAUGAGGAGGUAGCUGAAGGUGGUGAGCCUCAGGUGAGAGGUGUUGCUAGAACUAGGAAGCCCGAAGCUUGGGAGGGUAGGUUUGUAAGUGAAGUGGCGUACCAUAAGUUUAGUGAGUAGUGACCGGUGAGAAAACUGAUCCCGGAGAGGAGCUUCAUAGAUAGAGACCUAUUACCCCACAAUCCCGACGUGCAAAGACAGUUUAGAACUAGAGUGGGCUGGGAGCAUUUCAUGGAUGACUGUGUAGACGCCAAUGAACACUUGGUCAAGGAGUUUUAUUGCAAUGUAGCCCACAUCAAAAAGGGCUCCAAAGUGACCAAGGUUCGGAACUUGAAGGUGUUAUUUGAUGGGAAGUCGAUAAAUGAGUAUCUGAGCUUCAAUGAGGAGGAUGAGAUAUUGUAUAUGGCAAAGUUGGAAAUUGGCAAGGAGGUCCGUCCAUGGCUAGCACAGUACCUGGCAAUCCCAGGUACCGUCCCCGACUGGUUGACUGUUGGAGUCAAAAUAUUGAGAAGGAGCUUGAACUUUGAGGCGAGGGAAUGGGAGACUUUUGUUUGCAGCCGGUUGGACCCUACCACUCAUGACAACACCCUUCCUCUCCACCGGCUAUGUUAGUGGCUUAUAUCAUUGUAGAGUACCUUAUCAACGUGGGGAAUGUGAUGUCCCGAAUUAUCACUAUAGUGGGAGUGGAGCAUGACCAGAACUACCCUUUUCCCAGCUUCCUCACAAUGUACUUUCGGGACAUGGAGGUGGACAAGAGACCCUAUGAUAUCAAGGUCAAGGCGGUAGCCCAUUUUCCUGGUAUAGCAUGAAGGGGGAUGACAACCCCAAGAGCAAGAACUACAAAGCUCCUGCUUCUACCCCAACUGGCCAGUCUGAAGAGCCAGUUGUGGUAGAGUUCCCUGCUGAGCCUACCUCCACUCCUGCUGACAUCCCUCCCGGACCUUCCACAUCCACAGCUAUUCCUGCUGGUCCAUCCACAUCAUCGGGCUCGGAGAUCCCAUCUUCUCGGGCCCAUCCUAUUACUGCUCACCGUCUGAGCUAGGCACUUCUGAGUAUCAACAACUGGAUGCAGACUGCCUCAUCCAAGUUGUCCAUCUUGACUACCACUGUAGAGGCUCAGUCGGUUCCCCCAGCCCCACGGAUGCCACAGUCGAUAAAGGAUGCGCUCAAGGAGAUACUUGACAAUCAGAAGAAGAUCCUCGACACUCAGGUUGCGCUCUCAAAGGCAGUUGAUUCACAUAGCAAGACUCUCAAGGAUCUUGCUCAGGAGCACAAAAAGUUGCGGAAGACACGGGCCUCCAAGGAGUUCGUGAAGGAGCUGCGUGCAGAUGUUGACAGACUGAAGGCAGAUCAGAUGCCUUUAGACUUAUUGCUCGAGGACCUAGUCCCAGCAACUCAGCCACAGCAGGAGCAGAUACAGAGGCCUCCGAAGAGGAGGAGGAUGAUUCCUAAAGCUGAUGAUGCUAUCAUCCAGUUGGCGGACCCACUGGAGACUUCCUCCAAUCAGCCACAAGAUGUACCAGUUCCAGAGCCUGUCAAGGUCCAGGCUCAGGUCCCAGUAGCAGAGGAGCAGACCACUAGGAACCAAUCUGAGGUUCCCGAGCACACAGGGCUUAGGGAGUCUUCUAUAUCCUUUUUCCUCUUAUCAUUUUGAUGCUUUAUUUA